AUGUCUUCCGACAACGGUGCUUUCCUCGACCUCACGUCCUCGCCGGGCCCUUCUUCUCGCUCUGUAGCACGCCGCGGCUCAGCCGUUGUGUCGACUGUCAAGCUGGCCGAUCCUUCGCUGAACCUUGCCGAUGUGCGGGUCUCGCUGAGCGCGUUGCAGCAGGGCAUCGACCAGACCGAGGCACUGCGCGAGCUUCGUUCGAAUCAUGAGGAUCUGCGCCGCGAGUUUCUGGCUUUACAUCGUCGUGCGGAAGAUCUGGAUCGUCAGCUCGCCGAUGCAGCCAAUGCUGCGUCUCCGUACGUGCUCUUUUGCCAGCACAAGAACUCCCGUGAGCUUGAGGCUUGCCGUCUUCGGUAUCGCAAUUUGAAGCGCCGCUAUAAUAAAGCAGUAUCGGAGUUCCACGAUCGGAUCUCCACCUUGGAGGCGCAGCUGGCCUCCGCCUCUUCCUUUGGCGUGAUCAUUCCGCCCGAUACAGCUCGUCUCGAAGCGGAUAUGUCGUCCAUCGCGCCGAGGAAGCAACCACGCCAGCAGAUUCCAGCGGUGAUACCUACGGUUGAACAAGGCGAAAAACUGUUAGUCGUGAGUUUCGACGGAUCA